CAACAGACAAGGUGAGAUGGCUGAGAACAACUACUCUGUGACAAAUGAAUUCAUUCUGGUGGGAUUCUCAGAUCACCCAGACUUGAAGACACUUCUUUUCCUGGUAUUCUCUACCAUCUAUCUGGUCACCAUGGUGGGGAAUCUUGGGCUGGUAGCCUUGAUCUACAUGGAGCCUCGUCUCCACACACCCAUGUACAUCUUUCUGGGCAAUCUGGCUCUGAUGGAUUCCUGCUGCUCCUGUGCCAUCACUCCCAAGAUGCUAGAGAACUUUUCUGUGGACAGAAGGAUUUCUCUGUAUGAGUGCAUGGUACAGUUCUAUUUUCUCUGUCUUGCUGAAACUACAGACUGCUUUCUUCUGGCAGCAAUGGCCUAUGACCGCUAUGUGGCCAUAUGCAACCCACUGCAGUACCAUAGCAUGAUGUCCAAGAAGCUCUGCCUUCAGAUGACCAUGGGAUCCUACAUAGCAGGAAACCUGCAUCCUAUGAUUGAAGUAGGGCUUUUGUUGAGGUUAACUUUCUGUAGGUCUCAUGUAAUCAAGCACUUUUUUUGUGAUGUCCUUCCAUUAUACAGAAUUUCCUGUAUUGAUCCACAUAUCAAUGAACUGAUAUUACUUGUCUUGGCAGGUUCAAUUCAAGUCUUUACUAUCUCCAUCGUUCUAGUGUCUUACUCCUGCAUCCUUUUCACUAUAUUCACAAUGAAAUCUAAAGAGGGUAGAGGCAAAGCCUUAUCUACUUGCGCUUCCCACUUUCUGUCUGUGUCAAUAUUCUAUGGGUCUCUUCUCUUCAUGUAUGCUCAACCACAUUCAGCCAAUGAAGGAGAUAAAGAUAUGCCAGUAGCUAUUUUUUAUACUCUUAUAAUUCCUUUAUUAAACCCUUUCAUUUACAGUCUACGAAAUAAGGAAGUAAUAAAUGCAAUGAAAAAAACUAUGAAAAAGAGAUAAUUCUGCAACAUUACAAAACAAGGAUUAUCUGAUUUGGAC